UCUGAUAAAGCCCCAAGUUUCCUGAACAGUCUCUUUCUUCAUGUGAGCUUGGUUCCAAACUCCAAAACAUACCAGACUGGAGAUACAUCCUGGUGAAUCCAUUCUGUGGACUUAACAAGGUUAUUUUGUUAGCAUGCACUGCCCUUGUCAGAGGGGGAUUUUUCUGCUUCUCAUUUUGUCCUUCUGCCUCCAUGCCAAAGCACAGCCCUUACAGGAGAAUACAGUGGCUCUUGAUCCUUGCUCUGCUUACAUCAGUCUGAAUGAACCUUGGAGGAACACUGAAAAUCAGUUCAAUGGCUCUAUCGACCAACCUGAGUGUGACAGCCAUGUUGAUGGAGAGUGGUAUCGCUUCACAGGGAUGGCUGGUGAUGCCAUGCCUACCUUCUGCAUCCCGGAGAACCACUGUGGAACUCAUGCCCCAAUCUGGUUGAAUGGCAGCCACCCUCAUGAGUCAGAUGGCAUUGUCCAAAGACAAGCUUGUGCAACCUUCAAUGGAAACUGCUGCCUGUGGAACACAACGGUUGAAGUCAAGGCAUGCCCAGGGGGCUAUUAUGUCUACCAUUUAACCAAGCCCAGUGUCUGCUACCAUGCCUACUGUGGACAUUUCUAUGACAUCUGUGAUGUGGUUGAUUGCCGGGGCUCUUGUCUGGAUACUGGAGAUUGCCUGUGCUCUUUAGGGACAAUACUGGGACCAGAUGGACAGACCUGCCUGGAUGAAAAUGAAUGUGAAAGGAACAAUGGAGGCUGCAGCGAGCUGUGCAUAAACUUGAAGAAUUCCUACCGUUGUGAGUGUGGUGUUGGACAUGAUCUGGGGGAAGAUGGAAAGACCUGUGAGGAGAAUGAAGGGUGUCACAAGAACAAUGGAGGCUGCAGCCAUACUUGCAUCACAGUGAAAAACAGCUACCAGUGUGAGUGUCCACGGGGCCUGGUUUUGUCAGAAGACAGGCACACCUGCCAAGUCCCAGUCUUAUGCAAAUCCACCUCCAUAGAAGUCAACAUCCCAAAGGAUCUGGUUGGAGGCAUGGACCUGUCACUCAUUAAUGGUUCCUGCAAAGGAGUAUCCAAUGGCACGCAUGUCAACAUUAUCUUCUCCCUGAAAUCUUGUGGUACCACUAUAAGUAUAGCCAAUGACAAAAUCGUUGCCUCAAAUAUGGUGACUGGCUUGCCAAAGCAGACCCCUGGCAGUAACGGUGACAUUAUUGUCCGCACUGGCAAGCUGUUGAUUCCUGUAACUUGUGAAUUCCCUCGCCACUACACCAUCUCAGAGGGCUACAUCCCAAACAUUAAGAACUCACCACUGGAGAUCAUGGGCCACAACCAGGGUGUCUUCCCAUUUACUCUUGAGAUAUUCAAAGACAACGGGUUUCAUGAAUCCUACCGGGACACUCUCCCCACCCUUAAACUCCGAGAUUCCUUGUAUUUUGGGAUUGAGCCUUUGGUGCAUGUGAGUGGUUUGGAGACACUGGUGGAGAGUUGUUUUGCAACGCCAACAUCCAAAGCUGAUGAAGUCCUGAAGUACUACUUAAUUCAAGAUGGUUGCGUGUCUGAUGAGUCUGUGAAGCAAUACACAUCGAAGGAUCAUCUUGCCAAGCAUUUCCAGGUCCCAGUGUUCAAAUUUGUGGGGAAGGACAACAAGGAAGUAUUCUUGCACUGCCAUGUCCUGGUAUGUGGGGUGACAGAUGAGAGGUCUCGUUGUGCACAGGGGUGCCGCAGACGGAUGCGCAGAUGGGCUGAGACCGAGGAAGAGGAAGCUGGUCACUUGGAUAAUCACAUCCUGACAGGGGGUCCAAUUAGAAUUGAUAUAGAGGAGUAGGUCUGUCUUGUGAACAUGCUGUCCCACAGACACUGUCUCCUAUUCUUCCUUAAACAGUGACAACAGUCACAGUUAGACAAAAUUCAUGUAAUUAUUGUGGGGGGUUUUGUUGGUUUGUUUUUUUGCUGUUGAAAGCCUGUGAUCCACUUUGUUGAGGUCAAAAGAGAGGCAGUCUGCAUCCAAAUGGUAUUGGAUGGUAAUAAUGGUAUUAAAUGAUUACAAUUACAAAAGCAAAAUGGUACCCACUUCUGUUAGAAAUGAUUUAUUCAAAAAGCAUACAGAAUAUUUAGAUAAUCAAAGUUCCAUAUAAAUAGGAGUUCUGAGUUUUACAAGGCUACACUGAGAUGUGGGACGUCGAUGGGGUCUCUUUCAUGCUAAUAGCACUUUAAUGCCAUUUUGACAUGGCUACGUCCUACAGAAUUCAGGAUUUGUAGUUUUCUGGUGUUAGGAUUUUCUUCCAGAGAGUUCUUCUUCUUGAUGUUGUUGUUGUUGUUCAUCUUCAAGUCAUUUCUGACUUAAGGAGACCCUAAAGCAGUUCUCCUUAGGGUCACCAUCAAUCGGAAGCAACUUGAAGGUAGACAACAACAAGAAAAGUCUUGCAGAGAAUCCUAACUACAUCAGAAAACUACAGAUCCCACAAUUCCAUAGGAUAUAGCCUUGGCAAAUUAAAGCAGCAUUAUAGUACUACUGUUGUGUUGUGUGAAAGAGGUCCUAAUUAAGGGACACUAGUUAGAGUUACCCACAAAUGGAAAAAUUGUGGCCCAUCCAGAUGUUUCACCAUUGCCCAAGAUGGCUAGGAGAGAUAUAUAACUGGUAUAACUGGAGUUCAAGAACAUCUGGAAGGCAACUGUUUCCCCAGCCCUGCAAUAUACCACCAGCUUAAACUGGCACUUUAUCAUUUGUUAAGUGCUGAAAUCAACACAACUGGUUUGGGUAGAUCUGGACAUUGUGAACCACUUGUUUCAACAGAAAAGUUCCUUUUUUUGGACUUCAGCUUACAGAAUUCUGGAAACUGCAGUGCAAAAAAUAAACUUUUUAAGUCUGUAUUUCAACUUAUGGAAAGAUUAGACAUCACAAAGAAAUCUUCCAAGAGUGAGGUGAGCCAAGGACACAGUAAUUUGCAAUCCAGAGAAUUGCUGAGACCUUCUAUAACAUCACAUUUACAUGCACAUAUCCAAAUGUCAGCAUGGCUGAGUUCACCUUGCCUGUAAAAGAUGGCAGUGUAACCACUGAAGCUGACAAGAUGGUUCUGAGUUACUGAAUUUACUGAAGAGGAAACAGUGACAUUUAGUUCUUGUUCUUUCUACAGUAUUUUUUUAAAAAAUACUUUGAGGGUGAAUUUGGGAAUCUACCAAAAUAGUCCUGAUUUUACACUGGGUCUUAUUCUGUCCCCUAGAAGUUGUCACUGCACUUUCUCUCUAAAAUUUGGGGGAUCUUUGAGAAAGGAGUAGAUGCAAGUCUAAAGCCCAGUUUGCACUCUUUCUCGGCAAUAAUUCAGACAUGUACAGUAUGCAUCCAAAGUAUAUCACCUGUGGAUGGGGGGGGGAUGUUUGGAAGCAAAUGCUGAUGAUUACAGUGAUCAAAAUGACACCUAUUUUAGCUUGCCAAAUAGGUGUUGGUAAAAGCUGUACCAUGGAUUAUACCAGACAAGUUUUGAUAUCCUUCUGGUGUUCCUUUUAACCCUUUCUUGGUUCACAGAGCAUUUAGCUUGUGCAUUUUUUUUUUUUUGAUCAGCCAGCUGUUGUUCUGUUGUCAUGCACAAUUAUAGUGAACAGUUUAAAACGAUGUUGACAGGAUAGCAAACUGAAGAACACAGCAAGCAUUCCUCUUGAGGGAGGGUACACAGAUCUCAGAAUAGCAUGCCGUGUGAAAACAGGGAAGAAAUGUGCUUUAGUUAUGGGGUCAUGGGGAAGAAUCAAAGACGCAAGGCAAGUAUAGUGCAAUAGUGUAUUCAAACAAUGUAGGCACUAUUACUGCAAUGCAAGAACUUGGAGAGUUUCAGAAAAUCACAAGUUCAGUAGUGAGAUUUAGUUGCAGCAGGUUAUGCUUUGAAUAGGAAUUUCAGUGCUUUUUAACCAAAAAAAUUUUUUUCACAAUCAAAAUGGGCAAAAUGUGAGUGACAUUUCUAUUUGGAACAAUGACAGUUUGAUAAAAACCAAAAGCACAAAAUGCAGUAAUCUGCAAUGUCUAAGGGAUACAUUUUGGAAGAAUAGUGAUUUUAAAUAUAUAUAUGGUUAUACUACCUGAUGUUGUAAAAUAAUAGUAAUUAUAAGUAGCUAGAACUGACCUUCAAAAAUGUUAUUGGCAAUCUCUAAUGUUGUUUUGAACUAUAUAUGUAAUUUAAUAGAAGUUAGUUUUACAACUGCCUGAAGGUUAAACUUUGCUCACACUCAGUAUAACAUUGAUUCUUUCUUGUUGGUUUUGGGGGUACAUAAUGUGGUUUUUUAAACGUGAUUUUAUGUCUUCAUGGAAAUAAAAUUAAUGACCAUUUUAA